AUGAGGAAGAGGGGCAAGAAUGCCAAAAAGGGGGGCCCCAAAAUUGCUUCGCCUGGCACUUCGAACGCCGCAACCCCCGCUAACGCCGCAACCCCUGCGAACGCCGCAACCCCCGUUAACGCCGCCAACCCACAUGCCAACAUUCCCGGAGUCAACUUCAGCCGCAUAAAGAGCUCCUACUUGGAAGGGACGCUAAAGCUGACAAACGCAGAAAGCGUGAAACAAAAGUUAAAGAGAAAAAAUGAUGAACUGAAGGGAAUGGUCAGAGGGGGAGACAUCCCCGUGGUGCCCUGUGUGGGCAGCGUACUAUCAGUACAAAGCAUCCCAAGUGACCAUGAACGAGGGGGAGAAGACACUAAGGAGUUGAAACAUUUUGAGGAAUUCGAAAUUGUUCUAAGGGGAGGAGUGAUAGACGAGGAGGAGGUGGGUAGCAGAGAAGCUGAAGGACAAAAAUCCUCCUGCGUGGUGGAGAACGCCGUACCAUCGGAUGAGCAACUGUUUGUAUGCGAUAAGGCGCCGAGUGGGCGAGACAACGGAGAGGGAGAACAAAUAGAGGGAGGCGAAGAGGGGGAAGAAAUAGAUGGCGGCGAAGAGGGCGAACAGAUAGGUGGCGGCGAAGAGGGCGAGCAAAUAGAUGGCGGCGAAGAGGGCGAACAGAUAGGUGGCAGCCAAAAAGGCAACGUGUCCCACUUUUUUAACAAAACGAAGGAGGCGUACAAAUCGUUGAACCUCGACAAGUUGUUUCAGGUUAACAGUUUUAAUAACUCCCUGUGGGAUGAAGGUAUGGAGAGGAGGAAGCCAAACGGGGUGAGCGAAAAUGCACACAGAAGAAAGGAGGACAAGCUUAGCUUAGUGAAGACUAUCGAAAGGAAGUUGAAGGGCCAAAAUUCCUUCGUCAUGGAGAAUAUAUAUAACGCGUUUAGAGGCACCAUAAACGAUUUUAUAGACGUGUAUCUUCAGGGGGAAGACGAAGAGAUGGGCGAGGGAAGAAGCAAAGGGACUGUGAUGAGGAAGGAUACCACGAUUCGGAGUGUCGACCCUUUUCGACAUGGAGAAAGAGUUAACCUAAGCGAUGAACAUGGUUUGAAAAAAAUGUAUCAGAUGGACAGUGAUAUCUUCCUUUCUGGGGGAGAAAAAGAAAAAAUUCGAAUUGGGCAAAGUGGGUAUGCGAUGAAAAGGGAGGAUGACACAAAUGUAAAAAACUAUUUGAGCCAGUUUGGGGGCAGAAAAUUGGGUGGGAUCAGCCACAUGGGUGGGAUCAGCCACAUGGGGGGAAACACCAACUUGGGGGGGAAUAGCAACUCGUGGGGGAGCACCAACUUGGGGAGAAGCACCAACUUGGGGAGAAGCACCAACUUGGGGAGAAGCACCAACUCGGGGGGAAACACCAACUUGGGGGGAAGCACCAACUUGGGGAGAAGCACCAACUUGGGGGGAAACACCAACUCGCAUGACCAAACCAAGCGUUGCAAAAUCAAAAUGGGUGGGGCCAACCUACUGGAGGGAAGCAAUGUGAUGGCGGGUGCUAUGGCCUAUCUCAUGGGGGACACUCCCAGAUUGACGAAGGGAAGCUCAUCCAAACAGAAGAGUCAUGUUGUACACACGGAUAUGGACAAACAUAAACAGGUGGAAGAAGCAUACAGUGCUUACUACCCUGAGGCGGAGACAUUUGAAUAUUCAAGCAUCAUUUCUGAUUAUUUGUAUAACCGGAAAGGGUGGUCGGAGAGAAGAAAGGAUGAUGAUGGUCGUAUCCCUUCCACUGAUAAUAAUUGCGCGAAUAGGGAUGGUAUGAAGUAUGAGGUGCAUCCCUCGAUGAGUGACCAAAUGAGCAACGUGUUAGAUACGCAAGUGAAUGACAGAAGCAUAUUCGACAUUGCCCCCAUGACACACAAAUACAAAUACGCAUCGAACAUAAUACUUACGAUUAACAAAAUAAAGAAUGUCGAACGUGUAGUCGAAAUUAAUUUAAGCAUUACAGAUGUGCAAUUGAAAGUCCCAGGAAUGCGUAUCGAAAAUGUGAUAUUGCCAUAUAAAUAUGCUAGCGAUUUGUUAACAAUAAAAAUAAAAACGUUGAGUGAGGGAAAUGGGGGGGAAUACCAAAGAGUGAUACAUAAGGGGGAGGGAUUAGAUGGUCAUCAAUCUGGGGAAAACAAAACAAAAAGAGAUGAGACAAAUGAAAAAAAUGUUACAAUAAAAUGCUACUUUGUUUUCAUCCCAUUGAACCAUAUUAAGGAAGGAAUUGUAAAUAAAAGACUUAUCUUAAUCAGCUCAAAAAGGAAAGAAGAGUAUGAGAAGGAAGGGUUACUCUCGGAUACUCUUUACCUGAUAGAAUCUCAGAAGCUAAAUUGUGAAAAGGAAAAACAUAUGUACAUUUCUGUAAAGGUUUGUAAAAAUGGAGUUCAUUUUUUCCCUUGUUUGAAUCCCCAUCGAGAGGACAACCUGGACAGAAAUUACACAACAAGUGAAAAAAAAUUCACCAGGAAUGCAUUCGAACCUGUGUAUGUAUGUCUAUACAAUGAUGAAGUCGAUAGAGCGAUUGGGAGUAUACUGAAUGGAAGGGGACUAACCAACAAGGUAAGAAUAAACAAGUUAGUUGCAAAAGGACAUUAUAUGAUUAACAAUUUUGCCUUCGAAUUUUAUUUUAACAGUUCCAAUGUGCUCCUUUGUAGUCAUGGAGACAUCACAGAGGAGGCUGAAAAGAUGCUUAGUCAUUUUGGAAAAGAAUUCAUUCGUGUUGAGAGUUAUAUGGAUCUGUUUCCAAUACAUAUAUUUCCACCGUUGGAUGAUGUGCUAUAUUUGGACUUUAUUGAAAGGAAUGAAUUUUUACAAUUAAAAUUUAUUCUUCAUUUUUUAGCAAUCACUGAGGUUAUAUGUAUCCAUUUGUGUUCCCUCUUUGGUUUCCAUGUGGAUGUCCAUCCUCUCUUUCGGGAUCACUUGAAUGCAGUUAAAAUGGAUGAUGGGAGGGAGGAGGGGAACCGCUUCACUUUCCUAUACACUUCUUACGAGGAGGAUACGGAAUCGAAUGGCUACUUUCUAAAUUACACCAAGCCGUUCGUUUUCCGUUUCCAGGGUGAUGACAACACUUGGGACAACAACUGCAACCAGGAGGAGGAAAAAAAAACAACCACUCAGUGGAACGAAAACGACCUCUUCAUCAUAGACUACGCACGUAAGCAGGCCAUAUUUCUACACAACGCUAUAAAGAACCAUGGAGACAUUUUGAGUAUACCAAACUGUUAUGACAGGAAGAAGCGUCUUUUUUUUACUACAGAUAGCAGGAAGAAGAAGCAAUUUCAAAAUUAUUACAUGUCCAUUUUGAGAAGGUACAACUUGCUACUUAACAGGGAAAACCAUAGGGGGAAAUCGGCCCAAGUGAGGAUCCAACCAGGAGUUACCAACUGGGAAGAGAAAAUAAAAGGAGAAAAUCUACACAGGGGAAGUGGAGCCUUACGGGGGAAGACUCCCAAAGUUGAAAACGCAUAUAGAAGAAAUAUCACCGUAACGGGUCAGGCAAAAAUGGCGGAAGAGCGAAGUUUUGCGGGGGGUAACAAAACGAUAGGGGAGGAAUAUAAAUUAUCUAUGAGAGAGGAAACUACUCCUCUUGGGGAAAUUACUAACGAGAAGAAUUCAUUUUACAAUCUGAAAGAAUACAAAAAUUAUCAUUUCCAUGGAAAAAAAGCUGACCAAAUAACUCGUAUAAAUGGUAACUCAUUUGAAGACUUGGAUCGAGGGAGGGACAGCCAUGAAGAGAUGAGUACAAAUGGAUGGCACGUGAAUGCGAAGGGGAAAGAAUCCCAUGUUGGGGAACUGCCUCGUCUGCAUGAUGAUGAGAUUGCUUAUUAUAACAUGCAUAGAGAGGAUAUCCCGUUCAGUCUGGAGAGUGUCGAGUGGGACUUUAAUGACGACGAUGUCAACCCAGGAGAGCAUUCUGUGCAUGGAGGCUGUUCAAAUGGAUGCGGCAGCAGGGGGGGUGCCGGGGUGGAGGGGCAGACGGUCUCCAUUGCGGAGGUUAGGUGCGGCAGUGGCUACAACGAAGGGCACAGCGAAAGGCACAGCGAAAGGCACAGCGAAAGGCACGGCGAAGGGCACAGCGAACGACACAGCGAACGACACAGCGAACGGCACAGCGAAAGCUACGCCGAUCGGUUGGCCCUGGGACGAGAUGCGCGCCUGCCCGGGGCGGCGGACCAGGACUGGGUCGCUUCAAAGCUCUCCACAUCCAAAGUGUGCACCGAUCACCCGGACCAAGCAGCCAAGAAUUGCAAGCUGGUUAGGCGAAGUGAUAAUGAGGCGUAG